AUGAUCGGCCGGGGCCCCAUCUUCCUCCUCUUCUUCGCAGUCCUCCUCCUCGUCUCCUUUUCGAUAUUCUACAACGCCGGCAGUUUUGCAAUUCCACAUCCGAGCUUGGGAAAUAAUUUGAUACCAGUAAUGGCUGCGAAUACGGUUGUUCAUAUUGUUCUGUUGCAGUUUGCGGAGGGAACAGCAUCUGAUGCUGUGAAGCCGCUCUGCGAUGCCUUCAUCAAGUUGAAGGACACUUGUAUACACCCGGAAACCCAGAAGCCAUACAUCUUGUCAAUCAAGGGCGGAUUCGAUAACAGCAUCGAAGACCUCCAACACGGCUAUACUCAUGCCUUCGUUCUCGAGUUUGCGACAACAUGGGAUCGUGACUACUAUGUUGAGAAGGACCCUGCCCACCAAGUUUUUAAGGGGGCAUUAAAAGCCGGAGGGUUGGCAAAUGUUACUGUCGUUGAUUUUACGAAUGGAGUUUAUUAA